CGGCACUAUGCUUGAGAAAGUUUGUCAGAAAGACUUUCUAGAGUUGCAGAGGACGCGCGGGUGACAGGAGCGGCAAAGCAAAAGCGCAGUCUCAGUCAACUACAUUUGGAGAGCUGGAGACUAUCUUCUUAGUCACUGGUACAAGGUAACAAAUUGUACAAAGCUUGACUGUUGACCUGUUGCUUCUCUCUUUCCAUUUGCAAAGUGGAGGAUUCUGUUGGCUGCAUAAUAAAACUAGUUCAAAUCGGGUGGGAACAAAAUAUGGUCAAAGCUCAAAUGAAGGACUUGGAGACACAGCUUUUAGAGACCAAUGCAAAAGUACCCAGUGCCACAGAGAGCACCUCUGGAGAUGGCCAAACAGGACCUGUAGCUAGUCUUCUAGAUGCUAGAAUCAAGGAGAAUGGAGAAAAUGUUAACAGAGGUCAUGUGAGUGCAGAGGAUCUACGCCUGGUGGGGACGACUUCUACAAAGGAAGGAUCAAAAUUUGGAACCAGUUUGAGAAGAUCGGGCAGUGUUAAAGAUCUGAUCCAGAAGUUUUCUUAUUCAGAGGAUAGCAAGAUAAUUAAAAGCUCACCAUUUCGGAGAUCAACGGAAGAGCAAAAGAGCCCUAUAGAGAACGGACUACCCUGUGUGGGCAACGGUCCACUUGAUAUUAAAUGCAGCACUAAUUAUAGCUCAAGAAGCCUUGGUGACCAUGCAGGAAAUGAAUUUUCCACCAUCAAUACAAAUAUUUUGCUAAAUACAUACUCAGGAUACAAGCAAAGUCCAAGACUGUCAGUUGCACCAAAAGAUAAUACUACAUUAAAAACAUCCAAAGAAAGCCCAAUGGCCUUAACAGACAGCCAGUCGGGUUUGCAGGCUUCAAAUUCAAAGCAAGAUUCAAUGAUGCAGUCUGUGAGUAAAGCAGUAUCAUCUAAAGUGAACUGUAGCCCUAGAUAUCAGCUAUACCUUUCCUCAGAAUCCCUCAGUAAGGAUACUACAACCCCAUCCAGCCAGAGUAUAACCAAAUCUACAGACCUGAAUGGUUCAAUAACCCCAGGGGAAACUGAGGUGCCCAGGAGCCCGUCCAGAAUGGGUCUGACAGAGUUAACAUCUUCUGGCAAUGGGAGAUCAAUCUCAUCCUGGUUAAAGGAAUCAACCUUACUUGGCAACACAAAGUCAACCUUGGAAUCUUCUGUGAGUGCAGAAACAUCUAAUUUUGGAUCAACCCCAAACUUGUACAAAAGAGAUUUGGAUGAGUUAUCCAGCCACAGCGAAGUUUCUUCAGUAACAGGAGGGAAAGAUGAUGACACUUUAUCUGAAAAGGCAUUUCCUGUGGAGUCACCCAGGGUUUUUAACAGCCCGUACAAAAGUUCAAUAGUAGAUUAUGACCGAUUUUUGAAAUCAACUGACUACAAGGACUGCCUGUCCCCUACACUGUCAGACAUGUCUGCUAGCUCUAUGAAUUCAUAUAGCACAUACGGUCAUCGCAGCAGUGUUGCUCCCUCACCCACAACUGCUUUGCCUCAAGGCCGAUUUACUGUGUAUGAGAGCUGGGGUAAACUGAAGGGGAUGUUGCCUACACUCCCUAAUCUAAGGCCAGGAAUUCAGAAUAAAAGAGAUUAUAUUCAAGAACUGAUUAGACUUCUAGAUAUCAGUGAAAAGAGAAAUACAUUUUUGGAGGCUGAAAGUGUGGAGAUGUCCAAAGAAAGAACACAAAUAAGAUACGAGAUGAGAGGACUUCUUGUUCAAAAUGAGGAUCUUAUAAGGAACACAUCAUUAAUGCAGAAUGACCUGAAGAAUUUCAGGAAUAGAGUACUGGAGCUUGAGCAAGAAAAUAAGCUUCUCAAUGAUAAAAUUUCAAUGAUAGAGGCUGAGCUAAUGGAAGCUAGGGAAGCUCUGGGAGAAGCUCGAGACCAAGAAUACGCAUUCAGCUAUCUACAGGAAUCGCUGAACAACAAAAUGUUGGAUAUUCAGGAGAUUUUAGAAAAAAAAAAUCAACGCUGUGAAAAUCUUGAAGAAAAACUUUGGCAAGCUGAAAGAAAUCAGCAAGAUUUGGAAACUGAGAAGCAAAAUCUGGACAAAAAGAUUGUUGAACUCAGCAGUACAGUUCUCAAACUUGAGACAGAGCUUGGUGUGGCAGUGCAGGCUUCUGGUGAGGCCACAGCAGGAAUGAAUAUGUUCCAGCAAUACAAGGAGAAGACUGAGGAGACACUGAGCCAGUUAGAAGACAGUUUACAUGAAAAGUCACAGGAACUGGAAGAGAAGACACUUGUCUUGAGCAGACUACAGGAUGAGUUUGCAGUGAAACUCUUGGACAAGGAUCAAAGGCUUGAAGAAGAAACACAGCUGCGAGAACGGUUUCAACUUCAGGCUAAGCAAGCAGAAAGGCAUAUUGAAGAUCUUCACCUUGAAAUCCAGGGAUUAACUCAGACCAAAGAAGAUCUGAAUAAACAAUUGAAAUCAAAUCAGGAAAAAAUACUAGAUCUCGAAAGUGAUUUGGAAGAGCUGCAUGACAAUGAGCAACGUUUGGCAGCAAAAUUCAAAAGAAGCUCUGAGCAGCUGGAACAGCUGCAGAUCAAACUAAUUCAGGAACGGGAAGCAAGGGAGCAACUAGAAAGCGAAAAUUCAAUGCUUGAAAGACAGAAUAAAGAUCUUAUUGCAGAAUUAAGGGAUCUCAGGAGCUCUCAUGUUGAGGAAGACAUUCUUUCAAAAAGUGAAAUGAGGGCCAAAGAGCUGGAAAGCACUCUAAGAGCAGAGGAGAGGAAUAAGAUCAUAUUGACAUCCUCACUUCAGAAGAUGGAACGUAAAGUUAAAGAGCUAUCAGAACAGUUGGAAGAAGAACAUCGGCAUUCAGAAGAAAACAAAGACCAGCUGAUGCAAAAAAUAAAAAACCUGAAGAGGCAGCUGAAUGACGCAGAGGAAGAGAUAGGCCGCCGUGAUGUAUUGCAACGACAAAAUCAGAGAGAGCUGGAAGACCAGAAGGAGUCUAAUAGGCUUCUUCAAAGACAGUUUGGUGACCUGCAGCAUCAGUUGAAGCGGAAAGAAAGUUACUAUACAAGGAGUUCAACAGAGACACUGAACAGGAGGUUGAUUGUUGAUGAUUAUGAUGAUGGUGACGAUGACGAGAACCAAGAAGAGAAACAGAAAGGUUAAUAGAGUAUUUGGACCAGCAAGAAAAAUAUCAAAGAAAAUAAAGCUGUAUGAUAUGAUUGGGGUAUAUAGUAUUUUCUUCAUUUAUCAGAUAAUAUAUAUUUUGAUAUUAGCUCAGGGUGUUUAUAUUUUAAAGCACAAGCUGGUAAGCUAGCCAAACAGUCCUAUUACACAGGUGACUUUUGUGUAGUGGGCAUCUUUAUAGAGGAGCAGUGGCAAGUCGGAUAUAAGCUGUUUUUAUUAUCAUCCUAGCAUGGCUACUGUACUGCAUUAAAUGUUGCAAAAAUGUUUCUUUGGUCUGUUUAAUAUUUAAAAGCAUAUUUUCUAGAAUUUUCUAGUAGGUGCAAAACAUCAUCGCUUGCACCAUCAAUAAUAAUAAAUUACACUGCCACCUCUUUUUUUUUUUAGAUUUUUAGAAAACAAUAGUGAGAUCAAUGUCUAUAACACUUCUUCCAGUUUUCUCAGAGAAACUGUUAAACAAAAGCAAUGUUGGACUUUCACACACUCAUGAAGCGUUGGUUCUACCUAGUAGAGUACAUAAGGUGCAAUGAUUGGUCCCACUUGUCAUCUAUAUGUCCUCAUGAUUCUGGAAAAUUAAAAAAUCCCUAGAGCCUGUGUAUGAUGUUCAUGGUGACAGUUUAUCAGCUUUGUAACUUGUCUUUUGAAAUAUUUGUUUAAACCAUGCAACAUAGCCUUAUGUAACUUUUUUAUUUUUAAUUUCUUAGCAAUUUGUUGUAGGCUAGUUUCUUGUUAACACAUUCCUUCAUGUCAUUACCCUGGUUGUGCAAUAGCAAAGAUUAUCCAUGAAUCUGAGAAGGAGAGAGACGUGAAUGCAGAUACCUAGACUCCUGGCAUGAUCGGUGUAACAGCAAUGUUUUAAUUUGUCUUUGACACAGCCUGAUGUACAAUUUAAAUUGAGAGAGUUAACGGUAGUUGGUUGUAGAGAAGACAAAAGAGCUCAAUUUGUAUUCACUCUGAUUUUGCACCUUUGAGUCCCACACUGAAUAUUUGUCCCGUGAUUCUCUGCUGUUGUGGAAGUGCUUUUCAUCUGCAUGUUUUGUUCUUACAGCUUUACUCUCCCGCUCACUGAGAAAAAUCAAAUGUUUAUGCAAAAAUGGGAAAAAAAUA